AUGUCAUUUCAAUCCUGGCCGGUGUCCUGGCCCCGCCUCGACUACGAGUCUCUCGGCGACCCCCUCGGAGCUGCCAUCCGCUCAACGGUCGGGGACGCCUGGAACUUCGAAACGAACCACUUCGACCUGUGGAAAUCCUCGUACCACAUCGUCAUGGAGAUCCACAACGACCCGGAGCAGUUCCGCAUGGAAAUCGACAACCUUAAGCUCAUGCACACUUCGAUAUUCCCACAGCAGAGCGGCAUCCGGGGUCGCCUCAACAAGCUCCGCUUCAACUCCCUCUUCAAACCCAUCGAGAAGUUCUGCGCCGGCAUAAUCCCGUCGUCAGAGGAAGCCGAGUCGGGCGACGCAGCCGUCAUCGUCUCAUACCACCUCGACACCGCCACGGGCGACGCCAUCAGGCUCCAGAUCUACCGGAUCGUGCACGCCAUGUUCGGCGACCCCAAAAACCUCAACGCCCUCUUCGACCUGACCAUCUACGCCGACGAAUUCGUCCACCGCCGGGCCGUCCUCACGGUUCUGGUCUACGUCCGCUUCUACGCCUACCGCCGACGCAUCGGCCUGCAGGAGAGCCGCCGCCAGAAGCUCGGCAGCAUCCCGGAGAUCAUUUACUGGCAGAUCCUGCUGCUGGGCUUCUCGGUCAAGUCUGAGGGCGCGUCGAGGCCGCUGCCGAAGCAGAUGGUCCUGGUGCAUCAGUGCGUCGCGUUUGCGGCGCAGAUGGAACAGCUUGCCCGCCAGGUGGAUUUUGCGCGGAUGGUUGAGGAGGGGGUCGAGGAGGACGUGAGAGAGGCCGGCGCGAUUGUGAUCCAGGCUGGCAUGGCGUUUGGGAUUUUGGAUGAGAGGGGGCGGCUGGUUGAUUCCGUGGACGAGGGCCUUCGAUCCCUUGGGCUUAUGCCUUCGUAG